UUACAGGCGUUUUGCAUCCAACAGCUUGACAUUAAAUAAGUAUUUCUAAAUAAUUUUCAGAAGUUCUGUGAAUUGUUUCUGAUGGCAUAUUUUUUUUUUUCCUUGGGACAGCUUCAUUGACUGGAAUGCAGCUUGUGACAGCCAGUUUUCCAACAUGUAUUGUCCACUAGAGAUGAAUGAAUAUGGUGCUUUUCCAGAGGAAAACAUGAACUACCCCAGUGGCUUCCCUGGUACUGCAGCAGUGCAAAAUACAGCCUUCAUUGACCAGAACUGUCCCUCCACCUGGAACGCACCUCCCAACAUGCCACCGACCUGGGAGCCUGCCAGUUACAUCAACUCCACACCCUACCUCUCAAGCACCCGAAGCUUGUCUCCUAUGUCUGGACUUUUUGGUUCCAUCUGGGCACCUCAGAGUGAUGUUUAUGAAAGCUGCUGCCCCAUCAGUGCCACGACCCAACACUCAACCCAUGUGGAGAACCAGGCAGUUAUGUGUAAGCAGGAAUACUAUCCAAGGUUUAACCCCUUCCGUGCCUACAUGAACUUGGACAUAUGGACUACAGCAGCCAAUCGGAAUGCAAAUUUCCCACUUUCGAGGGACUCGGGUUACUGUGGAAAUGUGUGAAAGGAAUUUGAUUUAAAAAUGUGAAUAAAGUUGCUUGCAAUUUUGAUUACUAGAGUAAGCUGGUUGUUGAAUAGAUGACAAUGUUGGUGGAUAUUUUGGCACUUUUAUAUUGAAAAUAAAUUUUUUUUUUACUGAA